CAAAGAGUCAGGCGAAGAUAAAACAAUGGUGUUAUGAGUUAAAUUUAAUUCUGGGUUAUUGUUCACACCGACAUUACCUUCAACUUGAGAGAAAUACUACCAAAUUAUCAUGUUCCAGGAAAAAAAUAAGCAAGUGAAAGUGGCAGGCGGCAUGGGCAUUUUCUUCGGUUGCGGCCAUCGCUUCAUCGAAGCUACUGAGAACAUCCCGAUCCUUAGCAAAGAACUUGGAGAUCGUCUACGAUGCCCUCUUUGCGAUACCCAUAGAUGCUUAGUAUGUUCCGCUCCGUUUUCUGGCUGGCUGGAUUCUUGCGGCUCUUGUCAUAAAUUUUGUGAGUUCGAGGCUGUAGCUGACGAAGCUAUUUCCAGAGGCAUCCACCAAAUCCAACUUGAAUUUGGGAUUAUAUUGGUGCCCCGUGUUGGUAAUGAGCCAUCGCGAGUGUUGGAUUGGCCUGAGUCUCUGUGCUUGGGGGUGGGAUACGUAGAAUUCGACGGGGAAACAGAUGUUGGCGGUGAGAUUUACGCCACUGAAUCUAUGGAUUUGGAGUUGUUCGAAAUUCUCAGACUCGAUAAGCAAAGGCAAUCGAAUGUUGUUCUGUCAGGGCCUCUAAGAAUGCAGAUGCGAAUAGUCAAUACUGAUAAAACUUGAAGUUCGCCAGAUAUGUUUUAAAGAGGACUACCUAGGUAGGUAUUUCCAACUAGCUCGAAUAAAAUUCAGGAUUACCUGCUUAUUCCAAAUCUGCUUGAUCUAUGUUACGAAUGAAUAGACUGUACCAUUGAA